GACCGAGGGGGUUUCUUAAAGGGCAGUAUAAGUUUACACAACCAGAACCGAGCUUGUUACAAUUUAAAGCAUCCGAUUCUUCUCGCUGUUUGAUUGAUCCUCGAUUGGAAGAUGACCACAGCCGUGGUGUCGCCUUUCUUCGACUUUAGCGAAGUGAUCAGCAACAAGAACAAAAUGCUGAACUACAAUAAUAACAUCCUCAGUACUCCACACCCUGUCUCGGUCCCUUGCACGGGGCCAAGUCUGCCCAUCUCCAACCCCACUGGGUGCCUGCUGGACAGGAAGGCUGUGGGGACACCCGCAACUUGUGGGGUUUACCAGCGCCGGCACUCUGUCACUUCAGGAAGCACCAAACUCAACCAAAACCAGUUCUUGAACAUUGCCAAGGCAGAUCCAUCCCUGCUCGGCUCAGGGAUGGGAACCACCGGCAGCAGCAACAAAGAGAACCGACUUCGAGACCGCUCUUUCUCGGAGACGGGGGAUCGGCUGCUACAGAAGUGUUCGGGCCCUGGAGGCCCCAACGGCCAGGUCAACUCGAGCCGCUACAAGACAGAGUUAUGCAGGCCAUUCGAGGAGAACGGCGCCUGCAAGUAUGGUGACAAGUGCCAGUUUGCCCAUGGCAUUCAUGAGUUGCGCAGCCUAAGCCGCCAUCCUAAGUACAAGACAGAGCUCUGCCGCACAUUCCACACCAUUGGCUUCUGCCCCUACGGCCCACGCUGCCACUUCAUCCACAAUGCGGAAGAGCGCCGUGGACCUCCUCCAACCCCGUCCCCCCUUUCAUCCUCCAAUAAGAUGGAGAGGCCGCGGCUGCAACACAGCUACAGCUUUGCGGGCUUCCCCAGCUCUGGAGGCUUGAGGGACAGCCCCACCUCGGUCACCCCUCCACCUAUAUUUACCCCAGACGAACUGCCUGAGUGGCCUAGCUGCAACCCCUUUACAUAUUCCAGCCAGGAGCUGGCCAACUUCUUCAGCCCUAGCCUGGGCAACACACCUUUAUCCUGCUCCGACCCUUCCACCCAUGCCCCAUCUUCCCCAACGACCCCUUACUACUUCAGGGCCAUGUCCGAGUCUCCCCAACUCUACGAGUCUCCAUCCAGUCAGCCAGACUCGCUUUCUGACCAAGAGGGCUACCAGAGCAGCUCAAGCGGAAGUCUGAGCGGCUCCGAAUCUCCCGUCCUCGACACCACCCGCCGACUGCCCAUCUUCAGCAGGCUUUCCAUCUCUGAUGACUAAAGCACACUGAGCCAGACCCCGUCCCCCUUUCCACUGCAUGCAGCAGUCUUGGGCAGAGAGGAUGAGACGCUAGCACUCCCUCUACCUCUUGCCAUUUCUCCGGCGCCCUAGAAGCCGUAGACUUCCCUCCUUGUACCACGUCCGCUAUGAAACCGAUGCAGUGAAUUAAGGGAUCUUUCUCUUUUUGAAUACUCUUUUUAACCAGUACAAGCUAAAACUCUUCUGGCCUCAAGACCCUUCUGUUAUCCGGGCCUCGACUUGCAGAACCCCUGCUAUGUUCUUGGUGUGACUGUGCCAAACACGCAGAGUAGGAAGUGGAUUAGCGAAAUGCUAAUCGUGAGAGGUAUGAGACCGUUGUGCCAGGUGCCACAGCUGUAGUCAAGUGUAGCGGAGCCGGUGGCACGGUUAUGGGAGAGAUCUGUGCCCAGCCCCCCUCACAAAUUACCACUCUUCUCAAGGACACUCUUUCAUAACUAACUAAAGCUCACAAGUGUCAUGCUUAGACCUUUCACAACUGUCUUUGUAGACCGGCUUAAAGCAAAAAGAGGAAAAGAAUGUGGAGAAAAAGACAAGUGCCUGGGGUUAAGUGUUGGGUUGAAUGGACCACUGUUUCUUUCACUUACAUUUUUUCAUUCUUGUUGCCUGAUUAUGUAGCUCUUGUUUUGAGUGCGUGCUCUCCCUCCCUCGAAAUUGCAGAUUACUCCAGUCUGCAGGAAGGACGUCUCUCAUAAGGGUUGAAUGAGAAUGGAGCUCUGGAAUAUUUCAGGCACAUUCAAAUGUUCAGUCAGGUGCUACGUGCUCCAUGUCUCGUCUACAGCCAGCACAAACCCCUGAGAUGGGAGGUCUCCACUUGAAAAUGAACAAUUCCUUAACAUUUAUGUUGUUGUUGAUGUUGUUAGUGCCCCUUGUUCCCAUUAGUUGCUGGUUACUUCAAGUUUUUGGGAAGGGAACCUUGUUAUUAAACCUUAAAGACAAACUCUUUCUUCUUUCCCACCUCAAAACGCCACCUUCCCUCCGACCAAUCAGCAAACAGAGGGAAAAUUCCAUCAUUCCCAAGGUGCAGUUCAACUUCUUCCUGUAGCUUCACUUUAGUUCUUCAUGCAAGCUCGCUUUAUUUUUUUUUUUCCUGUAGAUUCUGCUCAGAGGAGCACUUUGUAAUUUCAUCAUCUUUCCACCUAUUGGUUUUGACUUAUUAUGGUCUUUAUUAUUAUUAUUAUUAUUAUUGUUAUUAUUAUUAUGGUUAUGUUAUUGUUUGAAAGCCUUUCAGAACAGAAGGGUUUGCUUGUCACUGCUUAUUUAACUUAUCAAAAACAUAUUUAUUGGUGAUCAUAUGCAUUUUUUUUGUUCAUUUGUUUGUAUUUAUCUUGAUAAUGAAACGAUAGAAUAUAUUUUCUUUUAUGUUAAAUUAUGAUCUUCUGUAUUAAUCUUAAGAUUGUGAAGACUUGUCAGCUUUCUUUUUUUUUUCACAGUUUAAUAUAUUGUACUACAAUGACUUUUUGUUGGCAACUACACUUAAAUGAAACUUAAUUUAAAGCAAAAAAAAAAAAAAAAAAAAAUGAAAUCCUCUGCAUUUUCAUUUAUUUAUUGUAGAUUUAUUGACAUUCCCUUUUCUCAAAUAUUUGACUGCAAAAUCAGUACUACCAUAAAAUCAUUCAUAGGUAAUAAACUCACAGGAUUGUCUUUGUUUUUGUUUUUUGUUUUUUGAGGUGAGCCCACUUGUAGCAUUUUAUAUGUUAAAAUGUGUUUUUUUUUUUUUUUAAGCAUCAAAAAGUGAAUUUUUGUUGUGAAAAACAGACUUGGAUCACUAAUCCAGUUUACUGAAUGCCUGAGCCUGGUGAUAGAUUUUAGCUAUGGAACAAAUUAUCAACUUUCUUUCUUUUUAUUUCUUUUUUUUUAAAGCAAGUUGAUCCAAGAUGCAGAAGUUUAGUGGCCUUAAAACACAUGCACCACAUUUUAAAUACCACCAUGAAGGCCUUUUUUUGUUUCGAAUGUUCGUUACAAAGGUUUAAUGAUGUUGCAAGUAAUAAACCUCCAGUGUUAAAGCAGUUUAUAAUGGUGGACAUGAUGAAAGGCAGGCAGUAAUUGUGACACAAUAGGUUGAAGUUCUGUUGUCCUUAGACAUUUAGAGCUUUCGGCUUAUAUGUAAAGUGCCUCUUUUACACAUUCCAUAAACAAGCGCUCUUUGCCUUAAAUAAAACUGGGAUGCUAUUUUUUAUGACUUAUUGCUUGUAUCCUCAGUGGUUUAAGCAAUGAUUGUCCAAGUUGGUUAACAGUAUAGACACAAAGAAAGUAUCUGAAGAGUUGAAUGUAUUUUUUUUUUCAUAUAAACAGCUAUUGUUGUUCACUACAGUAAUUUCUAUGAGUUUAUAUAAGAUUGAUCUCUCUUUUGUAAUGACUGAUUGCAGUUAAAACCAAUAAAAACCCAUAUUUUUGAGAAAAUAAAU